CUUACUGCGAUAUAGAUCUCUGCAUAUAACCCUAAUAUUUUCCUUUUUGUGUUUGCAAAAAUAGUUUGGCACAUUUAAAUUGUCCUGCUGAAAUUUGUAACCAAAAAAUAUUUGUUAAAAAUGGUCGUGGAUAAAAGUUCUACGUCUCCGAAUGCACUGGAACAAUUUGUUAUAUUAGCAAAAACCACCAAAGGGGCUGCUUGUACUGAAUUAGUAAAGCAGGCGCUCGAAGCUCCCGGUGUUUAUGUUUUUGGAGAACUGCUUGAUAUGCCAAAUGUUUUGGAGUUGGAGAGUACACAUAAAGUUUACCUGAAUACCUUAAAUCUGUUUGCAUAUGGGACUUACAAAGACUACAUUUGCAAUCAGAAGGAUUUUAUUGAGUUGACUCCAUCUCAGAGAAAGAAGCUUCAACAUUUGACUAUUGUUACACUUGCAACUAAAUCAAAGUGCAUUCCAUAUGAUAGUUUGCUCAAGGAGUUGGAAAUUAAAAACGUUCGCGAUUUGGAGGAUCUAAUAAUAGAGGCUAUCUAUGCUGAUAUCAUCCAUGGAAAACUGGAUCAGAAAAAUAGCCAAUUGGAAGUGGAUUAUGCCAUUGGUCGGGACAUCCGACCUGAAGAUAUAAACGUUAUAGUUAAUUGCCUUCAGGAUUGGAGUUCUGCCUGUGAAGGAGUACUCAGUUGUGUUGAAACGCAGAUCCGAAGGGCUAACGCUGAAAAAAAUACUGCAAUGCUGAGACAAAUAGAAAUUGAAACAGAGAUCUCAAACAUUAAAAAAACCUUGAAGACGCAGCUUCAAGAACGCGCCGAUGGUACAGAAGAAGUAAUGGCUACAGAUAGCCGUGAGGCAGCCUCGGCCGGAGAUAAGGGUAAAAAGGGCCAGAAAAUAAGUAAAGGUAUAACAUUUCGCCGCUAAUAUGACCAGAAUUCCUGCAUUGGGGCUCAUUCAAUGACAGGUUAAGGUCAUAUUUUUUUCCCGAAACGUGUAUAGAUAGACCGCAUAGCUUUUAAUUUAUUUUUCCGUGUUUUGUUUUCGAUUAUUUGUUACAAUAAAGUGUUAGAUAAAUAUCGAGUAUUUUGGUUCUCGACUAGAGCUCUUCGAGAGGACAGUUUUGUUAGACGGGUUUUAAUUAAAUUUGUAUUACCAGUUUUAUUUUCCCUUGAUACUGGAAAAAUUUGCGUGCCUUAGCCGAACAGAAUACGGGUUUGCAUUGAAAAAAAAAUUUGCAACAAGCUGUCACAUUGCAAAGUCAUUAUCUGUUUUAUUUAAAUAAACUUUUGGCUAAUUGGUUCGAUCCGGCCCUAUGUUCGUACAUUUACAUUAAUAACAACAAUAUUUUGCUUGAAUAAAUAUUUUCGUUUUUCACAAUUCGACAAAUUACUUAUUUCGUAUUUUAUGUACAGUUUAAUGUAUUUCACAGCACCAUUAAAAUUUCGUAAUUUAUGGAUUUCUAGUUGGUAUUAAAUCUACUCUUAAGUCUAACUUACAAUCGAUAAAACUUAUACCCUGUCAGAGUAAUUACAAAACUAAUUAACAUUAUUUUUCGUAUUUCUACAGCCGUUUCAGAACAAUCACGUUUUUUCUUUAAACCGGUCCAAUUUGACGCGAUUGUGUGGAAAAUUUAUUAUUCGUCUCUUUUCAUCGCAAUUACCAGGAGAUGCAAGUUUUAAAAGUAGUCCUCAUUAUAAUUUAUUCUUGAUUUGAUUACUAUUAAUUUGGGUAAACAAUAUUGUUGUUUAAUGGCUUAUGUUUUGCAGGUAAAUAAUAAAUAAAUUAAAAAUAAAUAAAUAAGUUAAAAAUAAACACAUUUUUUUGUUUAGUAGAACAAUAUCGAUGGAUUUUUGGCAGCUACCUAUUUUAAUCAAAUUCAAAAUAAAAAAAAGUUUUGCAAAAUAUCGCAACGUCAAAGGAAAAAUCCUCAAUGAAAUAUUGGUAAUGACAUUAUUAAAUCUUGAGGUAUUUAAGAUUUUUUGUCAUAAACUAAUUUAUAUAUAGAAAUAAUAAAAUAAAAGAGAAAAUUUUAUAUUACUAAAUAGCGUUAAGGUAUUUUUGUACAGCGUGAUCCAUGUAAGAUGACCUACUAUCCAAUCUGAGAAAUAGUAAUAUCUACAAAAACAAUGACACAUU